UCCCUCCCUCUCUUCUUUUUCUUCACCGUCUCCGAACCCUUGAUCUCUCUCACAACGACCUCACUGGUGUGCUUCCUGUAAACCUAACCGUUUUGGACCGGCUCAAUUAUCUCCGGCUCGACUCGAACCGGUUCAACGGCACAAUGCCUGCUCUCAACCAGUCUUCACUGGAAGUCUUCAACGUGUCGAACAACAACCUGACCGGAGCAAUACCAGUUACGCCCGCUCUGUCGCAAGUCGGCAUCUCUUCGUUUUCUUAUAACCCUAACCUCUGCGGUGAGAUUAUCCACAAGCCGUGCCGUACUUCGCCUUUCUUCGAAUCUCCGUCAAGUGCUGCGUCACCUCCCGGACAGCUUAAUGAAAAUGCGCAGUCACAAAGUGCAGUUGUUUCUUGUCCGACGUCAAGAAUUCACAAGAGAAUCGGUGUAAUUCUAGGGCUAGUUAUCGGAGUUCUACUCCUAAUUGCCGCAAUUCUUAGCCUUUCUGCGUUGUUCAAGAAGCGAAGGGAUCUAGUUCACUCAAAAUCAACAACCCACGACGACGCCGAAGCUGUAGAUAGCAGUGCUACAGAAACAACUACAAUGCAAUUUGUGAGAACGGAGGUAGAAGUUAAAGAGAAACAGUUGCAAUUAGUACCUCAACGACAAGAGAAGAGUGCGAAUUUGGUGUUUUGUGUAGGUGAGGCAGAAUUGUAUACACUGGAGCAGCUAAUGAGGGCUUCGGCAGAGUUGCUUGGAAGAGGUACGAUUGGGACUACAUAUAAGGCGGUGAUGGAUAAUCACUUGGUUGUGUCUGUGAAAAGGCUUGAUGCUGGUAAGACUGCGAUUACAAGCGGAGAAAUGUUUGAAAGGCACAUGGAAGCGGUUGGGGCGCUUCGGCAUCCAAAUUUGGUGCCGGUUAGGGCUUAUUUUCAGGCCAAACAAGAGCGAUUGAUUAUCUACGAUUAUCAGCCUAAUGGUAGUCUCUUCAAUCUCGUCCAUGGUUCAAGAUCAACAAGGGCAAAACCUCUUCAUUGGACAUCAUGCUUGAAGAUAGCGGAAGAUGUGGCCCUAGGCCUUGCCUACAUCCACCAAGCAUCAAGAGUUGUCCAUGGCAACCUGAAAUCCACCAAUGUACUUCUUGGUCCCGACUUUGAGGCGUGUCUAACAGACUAUUGCCUUGCCAUCCUUGCAGACUCUUCCUUAACUGAUGACCCUGAUUCAGCAGGCCGCUAUAAAGCCCCUGAGAUACGCAAGUCCAACCACCGGGCGACCCCCAAGUCUGACGUCUAUGCCUUUGGCAUUCUCUUGUUAGAGCUUUUGACGGGUAAACCUCCAUCACAACAUCCAUUCCUUGAGCCAACUGAUAUGCCAGAUUGGGUCAGAGCAAUGAGACCCGAUGAUGGCGAGGAAGACAACUGCCUCAAAUUGCUUGUUGAGGUAGCUGGUAUUUGUAGUUUGACCUCACCGGAACAGAGGCCAGCAAUGUGGCAAGUCUUGAAGAUGAUACAGGAGAUAAAAGAGAGUGCAAUGAUAGAGGACAGCGUAAGGGAUUCAUAUAAUAAAUGCUCAUAGCUCUUUGUUCUGCAUUUACCACUAUUAGCUGCAAUCAGGAGCAAUCAAGGAGUAAAUGUCAAUCGUACGUCCGUGUGCCCGAUGAACUGCAGAGGAAAACUUCUGUGGAGGCUAAAGCUUGAACUAUUGGAUUUAAUUUAAGCCUUUUUCAUGAAGAUUCGAAGUUGGUGCUGUUCAUCGGUGGCAAGGAAGCUAAGCAUUCAAUAAAUUCCUCUCCAAGUAGUCAGGGUAAGUGUGGGGCGUCAUCUAAAACUAUCAUAUCAAGGUUAGACACAUCUACACUCCAAUGCAACAUUAAGCCAGGGGUCCAUCAAAUUGUUCGGGCUCAUUCACGUAGUGUGCUUGUGAAUGUUUGGAAUUAGCUUACGUUUUGAUGAACUUCAAACAUGUCCAAAAUCUGGAUUCAGCUUGGCAUGUUAAAUGAAAUGAGUUCCUAAUUUAACAACCUCUAUUAAGAUGAAUGUUGUUUAUAAUGUUGUACGUCUAGCAUAUUACAUACGAAACAUUAUAUAUGUGUGUUUUUGUUCACGAGCAUAAUGAACUAAACAAACAAAUGUUUGAAAUCAUAGUAGAUUCUGAGCUGCUCAUGAAGGG